AUCGACGGACAGGUGUACAUUCAAGGCCCGCAGGGGCCAAAAGGUCCGCCUGGCCCUAAGGGACCAAAGGGCCCACCAGGCCGUGAUGGUCGGCCGGGUCUACCAGGAGCCCCUGGACCUCAGGGUUCCCCAGGUCACGUUCUCCUAAUGCCGGUACCUUCCCACGGCAAGAACGAGAACGUUCGAAUGGCCCAGUUCCGAGCUUCCGUUCAGCAAUCUGUGCUACCUCUGCAGCUGUAA